CUAUACUUCAGAGAUCACAGAUGUCUAAUAUCAUGUCUGAAUAUGUGAACUACACUGAGAAGAGAGAAGACCACAUUGAGAGGGUGGUGGAAAUCUAUGACAGCAUGGAUGGUACUACAGGUCAUAACCUUAAGGAAGCAGCUACUGACUUUAAGAAAAGCCUACAGACUAAACAUACAGUUGAAGACACUGCAUGGAGCAGGUGUUACAGGCUGACUGCUGUGUGUAUGCUGCUGCUGUGUGUUCUAAUGCUGACUGCUGUUACAGUGCUGUGGAUCAAAUGCAAGAACCUUACCAUAAUGGCAGAUCAAUUACAGUUACAGAGAGACCAGUUUAAGCAGGAGAAUUCUGAACUGCACAGUAUGAUUUUAAAACUUGGAUGGAAAGUUUUCAACUCAAAGAUUUACAUAUCUACUGAAAACGAAAGCGUCUGGGAAAAGAGCAGAGAAGACUGCAAAAAGAAAGGAGCAGACCUGGUGACCAUAAACAGCACAGAAGAACAGGAGUUCAUCAGUAAAUAUUAUGGUGAUACUGAAGCUUGGAUUGGUCUGACUGACACAUACACAGAAGGCACUUUUAAAUGGGUGGACAAUUCUUCACUGACCACUGCGUUCUGGUGGAAAGGACAAGAACCCAACGAUUAUAAUGGGAACGAGGACUGUGUUAUAACAGGAUAUAGACAUGCUGGAUCCAACCUCACAACCUGGGCUGAUUAUUCUUGUCAGCGUAGUGUAGUCGGCAUUUGUGAAAUAAAAAUAUUUACAGCACAUGGGAGUCAGUGACUAAAACUGGGAUUAAGUUGAAAACUGUUAAGCUUGAGUCUGUGUUUCUUUACUGUGUAUUUACAGUAUACAACAGCAGCUAUCAGUAGCUUUGAUGAUUUUGUAUAGCAGUUUUACAAUUUGCACAAUUUUAAAAGUGAAUUGUGGGUUUAAAAACCCACAAAAUGUUUUUGGACUAAUGAGCCAGACCACAGUCUGUCCAUUUUUAUUUUUAGCAAGUAAAGUAUACAACAGGGCACCACCUGAUCAUGUUUGACACAAAUGAGAGCGUUUAUUGAGUUUUGUCUUUACUAUGAAUGAGAACUAGAAAUGAAUGAUACCUUCAUUAUUGGCUAAAGCUAAA